AUGUGCUGGUACCGAUAUGUUGUCCAUACCUUCAUCAUCUGCCCCUACAGACGCAACACCUUUGCGGAUUUCCUAGAUCACAUCAAAGGCAUACAUCCCGAUAUCCAGUUUACCAUGGAAGUAGAUAAAAAUGCCGCCCUUCCCUUCUUGGAUGUUUUGGUUGAGAGGAAACCAGAUAGCACUUUAGGACAUCGAGUACAUAGGAAGCCAACUUGCACAGACAGAUAUAUGAAUGCGGAGUCGCACCAUCACCCAGCCCAGAAACAGGGGAUCAUAAAUACCUUGAUUCAUCGAGCGCGGAUCAUCAGCGAGCCAAGACACUUGGCCAAGGAACUAGAACACCUACGCACAGCCCUGAGAGGCAAUGGCUACACGGCGAGGAAUAUUGAACAAGCUAUCAGGAGGAGACAUACGCCCAUAGAGAAACGGGAGUACUUAUUAGCGGAGUAG